GGGCCAAGCCAAAGGGCCUCUCACUUAGGAGCUUCUCCAUUCUGUCAGCUCUCCCGGAACGUCCAAGGCAAGACUGGCACCCAGCGCACACAGCAGGAACUAUGGAGUCCUUCAGCUCAAAGAGUCUGGCACUGCAGGCGGAGAAGAAGCUCCUGAGUAAGAUGGCCGGUCGCUCUGUGGCGCAUCUGUUCAUGGACGAGACGAGCAGUGAGGUGCUCGAUGAGCUCUACCGCGUUUCCAAAGAGUACACGCACAGCCGGCCACAGGCACAGCGGGUGCUCAAGGACCUCAUCAAGGUGGCGGUCAAGGUGGCCGUGUUGCACCGCAGCGGCUGCUUCGGCCCCGGCGAGCUGGACCUGGCCGCCAGCUUCCGCCAAAAGCUGCGCCAGGGCGCCAUGACGGCGCUCAGCUUUGGCGAGGUGGACUUCACUUUCGAGGCGGCAGUACUGGCCGGCCUUCUGACUGAGUGCCGGGAUCUGCUGCUGGAGCUAGUGGCGCGCCACCUCACGCCCAAGUCCCAUGGCCGCAUCCGCCACGUGUUCGACCACUUCUCUGACACCGGCCUGCUCACGGCCCUCUAUGGGCCAGACUUCACUCAGCACCGGACCAAGAUCUGCGAUGGGCUCAGGAAGCUGCUGGAUGAGGGCAAGCUCUGAGGGCCCAGGCCCCAGGGCCGUCCACCGGAGCUGUGUGGCCAACUGAGAAAGUGACACCGAAAGGGCUCUCUUGACCUGCUUGGUGCACUGAUGCUUUUCAAGCCUCAGGCUUCAGUCUUUCCCCAGAGUGCUUUUGCCUCUGAGACAACCCCACCCCCAAACUGCUGGUGGAGAAGCUGCAAAGCUGAGUGUUCACGUCUCUCUCCCACUCCCGUCCCGGGACAGGAAGCAAAGCUGCCUGAAAAAGAUGAAGUGAAACUUGGAUCUCUAUCUCUCCCCAAGCAAUGGACAUUUGAAACAGGGAAGCCCCACUCCCUGGUGAACCAGGGGAAGAGGGCAUAGCUCAUCUAACCCUUAAAGGGACACUAAAGACAGAAGGGGGAAUGGGAUCCCAGACCUCCAGCUCCAGGCAGAGCCUGGACAGAUACCAGAGGCUCUGUUCCAGAGCGCAGGAAGAAGGGGUUAGGGCAGGGGAGAGUCUCACAGGGGAAAUAAAACUACUAAAACAUG